CAGAUGUUUAAGAGACGCACCACUAAGCGAGGUGAGCGGAGUGGUCCUGUGCCCUCUGUCACACAAACUCAGGCGGUGGCUGCGUUCAGCAGUGUAUUCCAAUAUGGCUACCCUCAUGAAAGCCUUGCUACUGUACUGGCUCCGUUCACCCCCGGUGACCCUGUGCUGCGCCAUGGGGUGCAGUUCUUUCACACAGUCAUCAACCUACGUGAGAAGUCUGGUCCGUUGUUGGAUAUGUUAGGCGUGUGCGAAUCCAUCAAUCAUCCACCUAAUCAUG